GAGUUGCCGUGGCGUAUUAGCGCCUUCCUUUCGGCCACGGUUGCUACGUCACAUGAGCGACGGGAGAGAUGGCGGCGAGCAGGAAGAAUGUGUUAUCCUCUCUGGCGGUGUACGCGGGGGACUCCGAGCCUGAACUGGACAGCGACAGUGACGGGGACACCGAAGAUGACAAAGGUGGCCUGGUGUCCAGAGCAUAUGGCGACCUCUCAAGGGUUGAAGAGGAUAGGUCUAACAAGGAGGAUGACGAUGACACCAGCCGGCAGUCAGAAGAGGAAGACUCUGAGACAGAGAAUCAGGAGGCUGAUGAAACCAAGGAACAAUCGGAGCUGGAGAUGAAAGACCCUCAAGAGCUUGUUGCGUCUUUCUCCGAGAGAGUGCGGAAUAUGUCUCCAGAUGAUAUCCGAAUUCCACCGGAACCCGCGGGCCGCUGCUCUAACCACCUGCAGGAAAAGAUACACAGACUGUAUGAGCGAAAGCUAAAAGAAGGCACAGACAUGAAUCACAUUAUUCAGAAGAAAAAAGAGUUCCGCAACCCCAGCAUCUACGAGAAACUCAUCCAGUUCUGUUCCAUUGAUGAACUAGGCACUAAUUACCCCAAGGAUAUGUUUGACCCUCACGGCUGGUCAGAAGACUCUUACUAUGAGUCACUGGCUAAGGCCCAGAAGAUAGAAAUGGACAAGCUUGAAAAAGCAAAAAAGGAACGCACCAAGAUUGAAUUUGUGACGGGCACUAAAAAAGGCACCACGACCAGUGCACCCACAGGAACCACCAGCACCACAACAGCCGCCACUACAGAUGCUCAGAAAAGGAAGAGCAAAUGGGACUCUGCCAUACCGAUAACCACCAUUGCCCAACCUACUAUCCUUACCACCACUGCCACGCUGCCCUCUGUUGUAACAGUAACCACCAGUGCCAGCGGAUCAAAAACAACAGUCAUCUCUGCUGUUGGCACAAUUGUGAAGAAGGCCAAGCAAUGAGGGAGAAGAAGGGCCAUUGAAUGAACAUUGAUUGUAAGCAAAAGCCUGGAAUUAUUCACUUUUGUUGCUGGCUUCGACUAUUUAAAGGACCCCUGGGCAACAACCAACAGCUUGAUGCGCAUAACCGAGGCAGAAUAAAAUAUUGAUUCAAUUGUAAACCUGUGGGCAAAACUGUUUUGGACGCUGUGGGGGACUGUGGGUGGUAUUUAAACAGCAGUUGCCCUGCAUUUUUCCCUCUUUUAUUGCUUUGACAUAUUUUUAAUUUUUGCUAUUAAAAAAUAUAACACCAGUGUUGA